AUGGAGAUUGAUUAUUUAGUCAAUCGAAAAGAUGGCUACUCGUUGUCAAAUUUAGAUUGGACGACUAAGAGUCGUUGGAAUGAUGAUGGCAGAUGUUGGAUCAAGUUGGAGGAGUCGCUAGUUUGGACUCGGAUCAACCUAGAAGAGCUACUACUUGGAUCUAGUGGAGGAAAUAGGACUACUACGAUGAUAGUAGUGGCUACCGAUAGUGUCGUGGCUAAUGAAAGGUUGAUUGGACGAUUGGAAAAGGGGUUCGGACUAUUGGAUGAAGGGCUAUUGGUUCGAUUUGGUAUGGCUGAUCGGAGUUUUUUAAUAGUGGAUGAGUAG